UGUGUGUGUGUGUGUGUGUGUGUGUGUGUGUGUGUGUGUGUGUGUGUGUGUGUGUGUGUGUGUGUGUGUGUGUGUGUGUGUGUGUGUGUGUGUGUUUUCUCUCCUCUCUGCAUCUCUUAUGGGCUCCUCGAAGGUAAAAGGACGUUGACGAUAAUAUGGAGUUCCACAGAGCUGCAGACAUCAACACUCAGUGGAAACCUCCGCUAGACUACAGCACAGCUACAUCUACAUCUACAGACAAGUGUGUCACUCAACAGGUCUCAGACUGCAGCUCUCACACAGAGACCACCGACUCAGACGGGUUUCUGUCCAAACCUGAAGUGGACAGUGAGGAGUUUUCCAGUUCAGACACCAGCAACCAGCAGGAUCUGACGAGCGCUCAUGCCUCCUACUCCAGAUUAAACAUUUACUCCUCAGAAGACAGCGAUGAAGACGUCUGUGCCUCCAGGCUGAGGAAGACUAAGAGCAUCUUGGACGACUUGUUUACCGACGAGUCGAACGACUCUGCGUCAGACAGCGGAGAGGAUCUUCCUUCAAAGCCCGGAGACGAGAGCGAGGAGAGCGACUCGGACAUCAGCGAGCGUCCUCGACCGAGAGCCAGUACUCACCGGAGGUCAAAGGUCGACCGCGUGGCUGUAAACAAGACGGAGAAAACGGAGGACGGGAGGAGGGUGUAUAAUAAAAAGCACUACUGCUUGUUUUGCUCGAAACCUUUCAGUAAAAUCGCGAGACAUUUGGAGGACGUUCACUCGAAAGAAGAGGAAGUCUCGAAAGCGUGCAGUUUCCCAAAAGGCUCCAAACAGAGGAGGAUUUAUCUGGACGAGCUCCGACUCCGAGGGAACUACAUCCACAACAUCGCCGUGCUGAAGUCUGGGAAAGGCGACUUGAUCCCGUAUAAACGGCCGCGAGGGGAAAUGAAAGCGAGCGACUUCAUGCACUGCCCUCACUGUCAGGGCUUAUUCACCAAAAAAGUCCUGUGGAGACACAUGAAGGUGUGCAAGCUGAGUCCUAAAGAUUACGUCCCCAAGCCCGGGAAGAACCGAACGCUCUCUCUGUGCGCCGCCACGCAGCCGGUGCCCCGCAACAUCAGCCCCGAGCUGUGGAAGAUCUUAAGCGUCAUGGUCUCGGACGACAUCACGGACGCCGUAAAGAACGACUGCUGCGUCAUCCAGAUGGCGGAACACUGGCUCCGGAAGAGCGGAGAGUCUCCCAACAGUCAGUGCUUCAUCCGGCAGAAGUUACGGGAAUUGGGGAAGCUGCUGCUCAGCGGGCGCAAAGUGACGUCUCUGAGGAAGCUGGAGGAUUUUAUAGACCCGUACAACUGCAUGCAGGCGGUGGAAGCCGUGCGGCACGCGUGCGAGUACAACAGCGAGAAGAACACCUACAAAAUUCCCUCGCUCGCUAAAAAGCUGGCCAUUUGUCUGGCGCAGCUGAGUCGCCUCAUACGGACUAAAGUGGUGAUGCCGAAAAACGUGAAACUGGCGCGGAAACUGCAGAACUUCCAAAAAAUCCACGAGGAACGCUGGAACGAUCUGCUGUGUGCGACGGUGCUGAGGAACUCCGAAGACGAGGAGGUGAAAUUCAAACCUCCGACGCUGUUGGCUUUCACGGAAGACGUUCAGAAGCUCCACGGCUUCCUGGACAAAGCGCAGGACGAGUUCACGGCGCUGUUAUCCGCCGAGUCCUCCACGAAACACUGGUCGGAUUUGGCCAAGGUCACGCUGACGCAGAUCAUCCUGUUCAACCGGAGUCGUGAGAACGAAGUGGUGAGCAUGACGCUGGACACGUUUCUAUCUCGAGAUAACUCCGAUCCUGCCACAGACAUCGACUGGGCUCUGACCGAGGUGGAGAAACAGCUCUGCCGCCAUUUUUACAAGAUCGUCAUCCGGCGAGACGGAGCGCGUCCCAUCCCCAUCCUGCUCACGCUGAAAAUGCUGCGUGCGCUGCAGCUGCUGGUGGAGAAGCGAGAAUCCUGCAGCGUGAUGAAGGACAACACCUACGUGUUCGCGCGGCCCUCGGCCUCGUCUCAUUUCAGAUGCUCCGACUGCGUUCGAGGCUUCGCCUUGAUUUGCGGAGCGAAGGAUCCUCAGGCGCUGACGUGCUGGAAGUUACGCAAGCGAAUGGCCACGUUGUCCACUGUGCUGAAUCUCGGAGAUCCGGAAAUCAACCAGUUAGCAAGCUUUCUGGGACACGAGCUGAUCGUCCAGGAUGAGUUUUAUCCCCUGCAUGAAAGGACACUACAGCUAGCAAAAGUGCACAAAGUGCUAACGGCCAUGGAGCAGGGGCGCAUGAUGGAGUUCAUGGGCAAGAACUUCUCAGAUAUCGACGUUCAAGCUGACGAGAAGGUUGAUCUGAGCAGUGAUAAAGUGAAGAAGAGCUGCGAGUGUUCAGGCGUGUUUCCAGGAAUGUAUCCGGGGAAAAAAGGACCUCAGAAAAAGAGGAAAACGUGGAGCGGGCCUGAGAUCCAGGCUGUGGAAAAGCACAUGAAGGAUUACAUCACUUCCUGUCGAGUCCCAGGCAAAGCGGCGUGCGAGAACUGCAUCAGCGCCGAACCUUUAACGCUCAAAAAGAGAGACUGGCAGAGCGUCAAGUUCUACAUCUACAACCGCAUCAUGGCUCAGAAGAGAGACUCCAGCCACAAAGUCUGAGGAGUUUUAAAUGUAUUAAUAAAAACACGAUGCUCUUAGUUUCAAAAUGCAGCAUUAAAAACGUGCUCACUGCUUAAAGGUGUGUGUUACGGUAUCACAGGGGGCGUGGCUUAUAGGAGCUGGGAAAUAAGUCACUUAGCCUCGGCUCAGCGUCUGUAGCUACAAGACUAAAGUGUCUAAUGAACAUCAGACCUGCACUCAGUUAUUGUGUGAGUAAUGUUGUACUCCACGCUCACGCUAGGGGGCGACGUGUCUCACGUGAUGCUUGUGGCUUGUGGGCGUGGCCUGUCUUCACUAACGCUAGCUAAUGCAACAGACCCGGCGGAGACCCCAGUGACCAUCAGAGUCUCUCCAUCAGCUCCACUUCCUCUCAGCUAAAGUCACCUUUACUUCUAAUCCUUUGACUUAAAAGCACUUCUCCUGACCAAUCAGCUCACACACACGAGACCAGGAUGUUGGUGAGCGACGUGUUGAGGCAGGUUCGGGGUCUACGGUUCUGUGUAAUAGCUGCAUCACGCAUUUAUGUUGUCUUGGUAACAGUGUGGAAGCAGCCAAUCGAAAUUCAGUGUUUAUCGCCACCGUAGCGCUCACUGUGUGUGGCGUCGUGUCCCAUAAUUAUUAUUAUUAUUAUUAUUAUUAUUACCAUCAGCAGCAUCAGUUCGACUCAUCGUUUAUAAUCCUGUCUUUUCUUUUUCCCCAACUGACUCUUUCCCCAACUGACUCUUUUUCCCAGCUGACUUUUUCCCCAGUUGACUCUUUUCCCAGCUGACUUUUUCCCCAGCUGACUCUUUCCCCAACUGACUUUUCCCAGCUGACUCUUUUCCCCAUCUGACUCUUUCCCCAGUUGACUCUUUUCCCAGCUGACUCUUUUCCCAGCUGACUCUUUUCCCAGCUGACUCUUUUUCCCAGCUGACUCUUUUCCCCAUCUGACUCUUUCCCCAGCUGACUCUUUUCCCCAGCUGACUCUUUUCCCCAGCUGACUCUUUUCCCCAGCUGACUCUUUCCCCAGCUGACUCAUGUAUUUACAGUACAGUGUUGUGUGACAUCAUGAAGGUGUAAACGUUCACCUGUCUGUCAGAUUUGUGUCUGUAAUAGAGCUGUAGCUGUACAUUCAGAUGUAAUGAAGCUUUUGUUACACGUUCUGAUGGUAUUAUCACACACACACACACACACACACACACACACACACCAUCGUUACAGCUACACUGCAUGACUUUUGUUUCUUUAUGUAACACCAAAACUUUACACUAUUUCAUAAUAAAUACAAUUAACACUCUC